AUGGAAACUGAAGCACCUCAAGAAGAAGUAAAGCUUAAGCGGAUAAGAUCCCUACCGUCACCAGAAAAGCCAAUUCAAGCAAAUCAUUGCUUAUGUCUGACUUCUGCAGAAGGAAAAACUAUCCUAAAUCCUCGAUAUGAAAUUCUCAGCACAAUCUAUGAUCAACCUGCAAGUCCUUCUAGAGUUCUGCUUGUAAAAGAUACUGAAACAGACUCUUUGGUCAUCUUAAAACAGCUGUUAAAAUGUAAAAUCUUGUCACAAGCCCAACGAGUAUCUGCAGUAAGAGAAAUUGAAAUUCAUCAAUCUGUUAGCCAUUUGAAUAUUGUGACAUUUUACGAUUCAGGAGAAACAGAAGAGGCUUAUAAUAUGCUGCUAGAAUAUCUUCCAGGCUAUACCUAUUUCACAGACAAAAUAGAAGUAAACAACAAGCCUUUCAAUUUAAAAUCCGAUGGUGGUGUUCAGAAAUUAAAAAGUUUUUCAUAUGACGUCAUUCAAGGGUUAGAAUAUUUGCACUCACAUGGGAUAAUCCACUUACUCCCCCUCCAUCCUUGAUCGAACGACUCACUGUAAAAAUUCCUAAAAAUUGGAAAAAUUAACCCCCAUCCUUUAUCGAACGAUUUUCAUAUCAUGCAAAUUUUUAUAUAUAUAAAAAUAUAUUAGUUAUCAAAAGCUUGGGAAGAUGUGCCUGAUGAAGUUGUUGUCAGAGGCUUGAGACGACAGAAAACUAUGGAAUCAACCAUCCGAAGUGCUUUAGUAAUCAGCCUGGGCUUAAAAAAUCAAUAAUCUAAAAAAAUAGAGAUUCUUUAAAAUUUAAAAAAAAAAUUUAAUUUAAUAAGGAACAAAUUAAAAUUUAUACAGUUUAAAGGGGUAACCAAAAAAUCAAAAUAUUAAAAAAUUAGUAUUUUUAUGAAAUUAAUUCAAUUUUUUGCUGUAAAAAUAAUUAUUAAAUACUCUUAACCCUCUUAUUUAAAAUUUUAUAAAACAAUAUAUUUUUUUAUUUUAUUAAUUUAUAUAAAAUUUUUUAAACCCCAUCCGUUCGAUCAAGGAUGGGAGGGGAGUUAGAUUUAAAACCAGGAAACCUUUUAUUAUAUACAGAUGUAGAUGAGAAUGAAUAUCCACUCGUCAAAAUAUGUGACUUUGGCCUGAGCAGACGAGCAGAUGCAACUGGAUACGCCAUUAUAGAAAAGAAAUGUGGGACUGAUAAAUACGUUCCACCCGAGGUAACUGAUGGCGCUAUGAUUUCUGUUGCUGCUGAUAUGUGAAGUUUAGGCUUACUUCUGCAUAAUUUGGCAGUUGGAUACACACCUCAUGCAAUGAAAUGGUCACCAGGAAAACCUAUUCCUUUUCAUAAUAGGCAUUGGCGAAAGUAUGAAGGGACUGGAUUAAAAGAAUUUAUUGAAGCUUGCUUGAGGUUAAAUCCAGAAGAACGAAUUGCUUCAAGAGAUGCACUUCUGCAUCCAUGGCUUAGCUUUAAUCAGUAG